AUGGAAAUUAACAAGAUAAAGGUUGUAUUAGAAGUAAUUCUAAAAGAUCUUAAUAAAAUAAAUUGUGCAAAUCAUAGGAAUUUUAAUAAUUUAAGUGAUUUACAUAAUCAUGUCAAUGGAAAUGGAAUAGAUGUAGAAAAGUUGAAAUGUGGUGUUAAGAAAUUAAUAAGUGAUUUUGAAGAAGAGAAUAUUAAAGAAGAUAGUACUAAAAAUUUAAUAUUUGACUGUUUAUUAAUAAUAUAUUCUAAUACAACACAUUCUCAGAGAUUCUGUGAGAUACACAAUAUUUUAGAGCACUUUUAUAAUAAAUUAGUUCAAAGAUGGUUAGAACUUGAACAAACAGCAUCAAUCAUCACAUUCAAAAAAUUUAAUCAAGUUGUGAGAAAACUAAUCCCUUUCGUUAAACUAUCAAUAGUCAGUGAACAACUUACAUCAAAAGUUGAUAUUAAACAAGCUCUGCAGGAGUUAAACGAGGUUAUACUCUAUCCAAACAUAUCCAGAGAAGAUUGUUAUGAAAUUAUAAGGAAUAAAUUUGGAACAACCAAUGUAGAUUUUGUGGAUUUUAAAGUUGAACCAGUGAAUGAAAGAUUCGGCGUUAUGGCAGAUUAUUAUAGGCUUAAAAUAAACAUUAAAGAAAACGGAAAACUAAAUACACAACAUUUCUUUGUAAAAUCUUUAUAUUCACAAAAGGAUGAGAUGAGAACAACCUUCACAAGAAAUGUUUAUAUAAAAGAACAAAUGUUUUACACCGAAUUCAUUCCUCUUUUAAGAAAAUUUGCAUUAGAUGAAGUGCUAGAUUUUUUACCAAUUUGUUAUUUUUCAAAUGACAACUUUAUGAUAUAUGACGAUAUUUCUGUUGAAGGUUACAGUAAUAUAGAUGUCCAUACAACGUUAAGUUACGAACAGUUAUCAUCCAUAUUUAAACUGAUGUCUAAAUUACACUCAACUUCUAUUUUAUUCGAAGAAAAACUAUCGGAAAUAUGUGGCAAACCUGUUUAUUUAAACGACUAUUUCAAAAAGAUGGUGGCUGAUCACUUUUUCACUAAAGAAGGGGGAUUUGGUGAGUUUUUUGACUGCUCUUUACGCACCUGUCAUCAUAUUUUCAAUAAGAUUCCCGAAUUUUUUAAAAAUAAAAAUAUUGAUAAAUUUAAACAACAACUUUCUACUAUCUUUGAAGAUUGCUACGAAAAAGUUAAACCGUCAAAAGUGAGCCGUAAUUUUUUGUGUCACGGUGAUGCUUGGAUAAAUAAUAUUUUAUUUAAGAAAAAUUCUCUAGACUGCUUGUUAUUGGACUAUCAGGUUUUGAGGUAUUCGUCUCCUGCUUUAGACAUUCUAUUUAUUUUAUACCUUCAUACAGAUAAAAAAACCCGUAAUAAUUUGGGUACCAAACUUUUAUAUGAAUAUUAUACAAACCUAAAACAAAAUGUAGAAAAAUAUGGAGUUAAUAUCGACAAAAUUUAUUCGUAUGAAACUUACCAAAAAUCUUUAGAAGAAUUUAAACCAAUGGCAAUGAUAAUGGCCCUCUCUUACAUGCAGUUGACUUUGUUGCCAAAAGAAAAAACUAAAUAUAUCUUUGAAGAUGCAGUAUUGGGUGAAAAGUUCCUGACAGAAGAUCGAACAGAUCUUAUGGAUAAAUUUUGGGAUGAAAUGGACGUAACUAAGUUAAAAGAUGUUUUUGAAGAAUUAUAUAUUUCGUUAAAUAAAAAAUAA